AUGGCGCCAAUUGACCUUGCCAGGCACUCUGGCCACCUCACCAGGGGCCUCGUCCAGCGGGGCCUGCUCCGCCCAUCCACAUUACGAGCCUCUUCCUACGCGAGACGAUACUCGACUUCUCCGGGCUACGGUCUCCCGACGCCGGUCUACGAGAAGCUCUAUAACAAAUACACGCAGGUUCGACGAGUCCUCGGUGCCCAGAGACUAACCCUCGCCGAAAAGAUCCUCUACAGCCAUCUCGACAACCCCGAGGAGACGCUCCUGACGAACACGGACAAUGGCAAGAGCGUCCGCGGAAAGGCGAAUCUGCGCCUUAACCCCGACCGUGUGAACAUGCAGGACGCUUCGGCCCAGAUGGCUCUGUUGCAAUUCAUGUCUUGCAACCUCGCCAAGCCCGCCAUCCCCGCCAGUAUUCACUGCGACCAUCUUAUUGUGGGAUCUAAGGGAGCCGAGGACGACCUUUCGGCCGGCAUCCAGACGAAUAAGGAGGUUUUCGACUUUUUGGAGUCGGCGGCCAAGAAGUACGGCAUGGACUUUUGGCCGCCCGGUGCGGGUAUUAUCCACCAGACCGUCCUAGAGAACUACGCCAUUCCCGGUCUCAUGAUGCUGGGAACCGACAGUCACAGCCCCAACGCCGGCGGUCUCUGUACGAUAACUAUCGGCGUCGGUGGCGCCGAUGCCGUCGAGGCCCUCGUUGGCGCUCCUUGGGAGCUUAAGGCGCCCAAGAUUCUCGGUGUCAACCUGACGGGUAAGCUCAACGACUGGGUUUCCCCCAAGGACGUCAUUCUCAACCUCGCUGGCCAAUUGACCGUGCGGGGCGGUACCGGCUUCAUCAUCGAGUACUUCGGCCCAGGCGUCGAGACCCUCAGCUGCACGGGUAUGGCGACCAUCUGCAACAUGGGUGCCGAAGUCGGCGCCACGACCUCCAUCUUCCCCUAUACCGCCGCUUCAAGCCGAUACCUCGAGGCGACCCGCCGUGCGCAGGCCAGCAAGAACGCCGAGGCUCUGCAAGCCUUCCCUGGAAAGGAUGCCCCCGAAGACCUGUACUUCAAGUUCCGGGCCGACGCCGGUGCCGAGUACGACCAAGUCAUCAACAUCAACCUCUCUGAGCUCGAGCCUUACAUCAAUGGUCCUUUCACGCCCGAUCUCGCGACACCCCUCUCCAAGUUCAAGGAGGUUAUCAAGGAGGAGUCGUGGCCCGAGAAGCUGUCUGCUGGACUCAUUGGAAGCUGCACCAACAGUUCGUACGAGGAUAUGACCCGUGUCGAGAGCCUCCUCAAGGACGCUGCGGCGGCGGGACUCAAGCCAGCGGCGGACUUUUACAUCACACCCGGUAGUGAGCAGAUUAGGGCCACCCUCGAGCGUGACGGCACUCUGGAGACCUUUGAGAAGGCCGGCGGUAUCGUCCUAUCCAAUGCCUGCGGCCCCUGCAUUGGCCAGUGGCAGCGCCAGGACGGCGUCACCAAGGGCACCCCGAACGCCAUCCUCACUUCUUAUAACCGAAACUUCCGCGGCCGGAACGAUGGUAACCCCCAAACGAUGAACUUCUUGGCGUCGCCCGAGAUCGUCACUGCUAUGGCCUUUGCCGGCUCGACCACCUUUAACCCCAUGACCGACUCUAUCAAGACCCCCGACGGCAAGGACUUCCGCUUCUCCCCCCCCAAAGGCCUCGAGGGUCCUCCUUCGCCCUUCGUCGCCGGCGAGGAGAAGCUCCUUCCCCUCUCCCAGCCCGCCAACGCCGACGUCGCCAUCGCCAUCGCCCCCACUUCCGACCGUCUCGCUCUCCUCGAACCCUUCGACGCCUUUCCCGAAGGCGACCUGACGGGCCUCAGGGUCCUCGUCAAGGUGACGGGCAAGUGCACGACGGACACCAUCUCAGCCGCGGGCCCCUGGCUCAAGUACAAGGGCCAUCUCCCCAACAUUAGCACCAACACGCUCAUGACGGCCGUCAACGCCGAGACGGGCGAGGUUAACGCGGCGUACGACCUCGACGGCUCGAAGCACACGAUUCCUGAACUGGGCCAGCUUUGGAAGGAGCGCGGACAGCCGUGGCUCGUGGUGGCUGAGCAUAACUACGGCGAAGGCAGCGCGCGAGAGCACGCGGCGCUGCAGCCGAGGUAUCUCGGUGCGCGGGUGGUGCUGGUCAAGUCCUUCGCGCGUAUCCACGAGACGAACCUCAAGAAGCAGGGUGUCGUCCCGCUUACGUUCGAGAACGAGGCUGACUACGACCUCAUCGGUGCCGGCGAUGAGGUUAGCACCGUGGGACUGUACGAGAUGUUGCAGAACGGCGGCAAGGGAGACGUUAGUCUGCUGGUGAAGAAGAAGGAUUCGGGCGAGGAGGUGACGAUUAGGACGAAGCAUGCGGUGAGCGAGGACCAGGCUGGGUUUAUCCUUGCGGGAAGUGCUCUUAAUCUGCUGUCGAAGCAGGCGUCGUCGGCUUAA